UCCUCUCUCUUUCUUUCUCUCGCUCCCUCAGUUGUACUUGACAUUUGUGCACAGCGGGAGAAUGAUACACAAGUGGAGCUGAGCCGGGAAGGGAAUCACAGACGAGGAACUUUUUUUAUUUUUUAUUAUUGCCAUAUAAAGAUGGGCGAGGGGACAAUGUUUGUGCGCCUCUUGGUGGGGCUUCUGCUCAUCGCCACAGGUGCCUGCUGCCCCAUCGAGUUGAACCCCUCUGGGGUUGCGGUGCGAUACGGAGACCCUGUGUCCAUCAACUGCAGUACAUCCGACCCCAUGUACAAAGGGAUGGGUUGGGAGGCUCCACAGGGGGACACAGGGCUGAAACUGGUCCAUCAUUUGACUUGGAGUGUCGACGCGCUCAAGGCGUGGAACAUCUCGCCCAUGUGCUUCCUCAGCCCAGUGCUCAAAAGCGGGCGACAGCAGUGCUCCAAGAAGCCGAACGUGGUCGUUUAUACAUUUCCACAAAUGAUCUUCAUCCAAGCCAACAGUUCUCUUGUAAAGGAAGGAGAGUCGAUUCAACUGAAAUGUGUCGUCGGCACGAUAGCGCCGAUUCAAAGUGUUGCUGUGCGGUGGUACAACGGCCAAACGGUCAUUAUGGAACGACACUUUAAGGGGUCCAUUAAGGGACCCGUUGAUCUUGUUUCGGACUAUGACUAUCAAUAUAACGAGGCCUCUUCGAGACAGCAGCGGCUUGUUAAGCUCAAAUGCGAGGCAGUGUUGGACCUGACACCCGAGGGGCCACAACUCAGUGUAUUUUCACCCGAGUUCCAUCUCACUGUUAAAUAUGACAUAGAACACGUAGAGCUGACGUGUCCAAGUAAGUACACCGCAGUGGAGUACGCUGUUCACAACCUCUCCUGCUCCGUGGAGGGAGGGUCUCCCGAAACUCCGAUCACCUGGUACAAAGACGGAGAUGAGGUGGAGUUGUCGGAGACGCUGACAAGAUACGACGCCGGGCAGUACGUCGUCGUUGCCAACUCGUUCUCAAGCACGGUCAACGCCACGGUGGACCUCAACGUUGUAUAUCCGCCGUCACAGAUAGAGGAGCUGGAGGACGUUGAAGUAGAGUUGGGCUCAGAAGUAUGUCUCAAGUGCUCCACCAGAGGCAACCCGCGACCCGAGUACUCCUGGAGUGCACCCACUUUGCUAAAUGUAGCUCAAGUCGAUGAAGAUGGAGUUUCACGUCUGCAGAUCCCAAAUGUGACUUCACACCACACGGGAGUCUACACGUGCCACGCCAGUAACGAGAGAGGGACUGUGUCUAAACAAGUCACAGUGAGUGUAAAUGAGUGUGAGCCCGGCUGGUUUCGGUGUCCAAGUGGUAUCUGCAUCACGUCUUAUCGGAAGUGUAACGGAGAGGACGACUGCGGUGAUGGGAGCGACGAAAACUUCUGUGGAGAGCAUCAGGAAUGCCCCAUUAGGAUACACCCAGAGACCCUGGUGCUGCAGUACAAGGGCGAAAGCCAGAAUGCCACUUGCACGUUCACCGGCUCCAGAAACGUCCAAGCCAUAGCCUGGCACGUGGGGCAAAUCUUGCACCGCAAUGAAACUUGGACCCCUGACACCAACAAGGACUGGGACUCUGUUCCUCUCUGCACAGCAUUCUUCAAAGGGCAACGAACUUGCCAGAAGUCUCUCAACUUCACCCUCUACAAAACGCCGGACAGCGUCACCGUCCGUCCAGUCAACAACGCGAUCUUUUUGGAGGGCGAGCAGUGCCGGCUGCAUUGUGACAUCAUCAACGUGGCUCCCGCUCAAAGCCUCAUUGUGCGUUGGUAUCAAGGCAAUCAAACCAUUGAACCGUCACUCAGAGAGCCUCUGCGAUUGGCCGACUGCCCGCAUGAUACGAACAUGUCAUGUGAUCUGGGCACGACCGGGACGCCGGUGAACGUUUCUGCCAGCGCCAGCUUCUUCCUCAACCGAACGCAUCAUGAAGCGGCUUUAAGUUGCGAGGCGCACUUGGAGCUGGGACCGGCGGGACCGCAGCUGUCACCCUCCGUGAUUUCCCGUGCUAUCAGCUUCAGCGUCUAUUACAAGCCAGUCAUCAACACCACGAAGCUCCCGAGAGUCGUCCCACUGUUCCGCGGUUACCCAGAGGAGCUUGUGUGCGAAGCCGACGGUCAGCCGCCGCCGAUCAUCUACUGGUCAAACUUCACCAAAAAGACAUCGUGGGCGUUGGGAGGCAACAUCACCGUUUUGGAGGCGGGCCGCUACAUCUGCAUGGCCGUCAAUCAGGUGGCUACGGUCGUCCACGAGGUUGACGUGGUCCCAAAAGAGGACUACUUGCCCCUCAUCGCCGGAUUCGUGGCCGCCACGGUGGUGGUCAUCUCGGCCAUAUUCCUCUUCAUCUACUCUAUCUACUACAAGAACACCAAGAUGCGUCGCUACAGCUUAAAGAAUCCCAAACUCGAUGGCCACAACGCCAAUGUGGCCCACAAUGGCUGGGACUUGCAGUUCCCUAUGACCAAGUUGUCCAUUUUAAUAUUAUUUAGUCGCAAGAGUGUCUGUUUUACCGCCUUUAUGAUGAUGUUCAUCCUGUUCGGCUGCUUAAUAGCGUACGCAGCCAAGCCUGCGAGCGCCUCCUGUCCGCUGGAAAUUAUUCCUGCCAGUGUGGCGGUGCCUUUCGGCGGCUCCGUCUCGGCCGUGUGUAAAUCCUCUUCCGACCAAGCGACGGGAAUGGGUUGGGAGUCUCUGUACGGAGGAGGGGGACUGGUGAAGGGCGUGUCCAACCUCACCUUACAAAUUGAUUCGUUGAAACAUUGGCGCGUGCGCCCCAUCUGCUUUGUCAACCUCAAUGGUUCCCAGUGUACUAAGAUGUUACCUGUCACUGUCUACAAAAUGGCGGACAAUGUAUCCAUAUCGUUGAAUAAUUCCGUUGGCCCCAUCGUGGAGGGGAAGAAAUAUGAGGUGCUGUGUGAAGUAAUUCAGGCUGCGCCAAUGCGUCGUGUCUCUUUGGAUUUGCUCUAUGGCAAUAAGACCUUGGACACGAAUUCGAUUGACCAUGUUGUAAACAAUGAGCCAGUUUCCAUUUUGAUUGUCACAACAAUGCUAUCCAAGAGAGAGUAUAAUGGAGGCCAGAUCCGCUGUGCUGCAAAAAUGGACUUUGGUCCAUCAGGGCCAAAUCUUCCAGCGAUAUAUUCGGAGCCGCUCGAGCUGAUUGUGCAAUACCCGCCGACCUUCAGCCAACCAGAGAACGAGAAUCUGACUCUCCCCGUUGGUGGCGUUAUGAGUUUAAAUUGCAGCGCCUCAGGAAACCCAGCGCCGGAAUACAGCUGGAAAAUUCCAUACUCGUCCAAAGUGCCGACUGGAACUCGAGCCAUUUUUGACUCGUCUUUCAAGCAUCCCGGCACCUACGAGUGCACCGCCACUAACUCUGAAGGAGCCGCCACCAAACGCUUCACAGUUACCGAAGCUCCAAGGACUCGCACAACGUUGGCGGCGGUGCUCGGAGUGUUUGUGGCCCUGGCAGUCGUGCUCUGCGUCCUGGGGCUUUUUUUUCUCACCCCUCAAGGAACAUUUUCUUGCAGCAAGCCCAGUUAUACUCCUGGACACGCGAGCUGCGCGCACUGUAAAUACACCACAGAGCGUCCAACAGUCAGGCAGCGUUUUGGUCACAGUUUGAGGCUGAUGAACAACAGCAGCACUCCCACCUGCUGGCUCGCAAGCUGGGGGCCCUUGUGUCCAACAAGCAUUGUUCCCUGCAGAGUUUGCCAAGCUUGUGCAACUUGGGAUUUUUCUUAUCCGGGGCUCCUUCAGCGUGAAGUGAACAUGGCCAACAUGGCGUCUCUGCAGUGGAUUAUGGCAGUGUGCAUGUUUUGCUCAGUGUCAGGUGACGGCUGCUCGCUGAUCCUCAAGCCCGCCAGGGCGGUGGUGGGCUUCGGGGAGCCGGUGUCCGUCAGUUGCGAGGCCGCCCGGCCGGUGCGCGUGCUGGGCUGGGAGUCGGCCAUCAGCGCCGCGCACACGCAGCAGGGCCCGAGCGUCCAGUGGAAGGUGGACAGCCUCAUCGACUGGAUCGAGGAGCCCAUCUGCUACGGCGUGUUCUUCACGGCGCCGCGCCAGUGCGAGGAGAAGCUCAACCUCGUCCUCUACAAAAACCCAGACAGUGUCACGAUCAAGGUGGUGAAUCACACUGGGCCGAUGGUGGCGGGAAAGGAGUACCAGCUGCUGUGUGAGGUCCAGAACGUCGCUCCCGUUCAGUACCUCAACUUGAAGUGGUACAAGGAGCGCAGAGAGGUGUAUAACCGUUCCUUUAUCGACCUCAAUUCUCCCUCGCCGGUGCAAGUCUCCUCUAUCCUCCUCAUCACGCCCUCCGAGGCCGACGACGGCGCUCAGUACAGCUGCGUGGCCGAGCUGGAACUCGGACCGGAGGGACCGCAACCUCCCCCGAACGUCACCUCGGAGCCGCUGAGAGCAUCUGUGUACUUUCCCCCGACGUUCCAAAGUCCCGACGCAGGAAGCGUGGACAUUGCAGAAGGUGGCGAAACGACGCUGAACUGCACCGCCGUGGGGAACCCGGCGCCCGUCUACAGCUGGCAACCCGAGCUGGAGCCGAGGAAGGAGGAGGGCCAGGAAGCCGUGCUCGCCUCCUCCUCGCUGCUGCCUGGAACCUACACUUGCACCGCAUCUAACGCGCUAGGGAAGAAGACCAAGCAGUUCACUGUCAAAGCCAAGAGCAAAGGCAGACAGGGGGUGUGAAACAACCACCAGUGAUUUUUACAACACAUCCAGUAUUUAUACUUAAUUUGUCACGAUGUUAACAUAAAUAGCUGUGUAGUAAUACUAGUGUACAGCAUAUUUACUGUAUUUCCUCAAAUAGUCACUAGCUAUGUCGCAUAAUAGAUGCCAUUACCACAACAGUCUGGCGCAGUGGCAUCUGUAAAGCUGAAGUUCAACACACAGAUUUAUCCAGCCAUACAUUUUCUAUAUCACAUGUCGUUAUGAGGUGUCAUGGCUGAGCUGGAGUUGACCUUAGCUGACUUGGGGCCAGAAGUGGGGCACACCUUGGAGUAGUCGCCAGCCAAUGGCAGGACACAUAUCGACAUAACUCACAUUGACGCUUAUGGACGAUUUAGAGUCUGCAGUUAAUGUAACGGGCAUGUUUUUGAAAUGUGUGAGGAAGCCGGGACAACAUUUAAACUCCACACACAGGAAGGCCGGAGUUUCGAACCCAGAACCUCAGAACUGUGAGACAGGCGUACUGACCACUACCACCGUGCUGCCUGACAUGUAUUUAUUAAAUGCUAAAUAGUGUCUGGAAGAACUCUUGAGUGACAGAUUUGUAAAAUGUAUUAUUAUUAUAUUUUCCUGUACAUUAUUUGAAUAAUAAUAAUAGAAUACAGUGGUGUAUUGAGUUACAAGAUACCACCCUGAAGUCUGUUAGCUUAAUGCUAACACAUAAUGAAAAACUCCAUGGAGGGGCUAACGAAUGCCAUCUAUGUUGCUAUGUAUUUUACUGCAGAUUACUAAAUCACUUACAGUAGUUGAGUGAAUCUCUUCACACAUUUUUCUUUUUUUUAUCAGGGGGAGGCUGGAAUGGAUUAAUGGCAUUUCAAUUCAUUUUAGUGGGGAAAGGUGAUUUGAGAUACAAGUGUUUUCAGUUACAGAAUGAAUUAAACUCAUAUCUCAAGGCACCACUGUACAUUGUUAAUAUUCUCAUUAUAAAAAAUGCAUUAGUACAAAUAAAGACCUCCCUACUAACCACAAAGCAGUUGACUACCAAAUCACUAUAUCAGGGGUAUGCAGUCAUUCUGUUUUCCUGUAAUAUUCUGUUACUAAAGUAAGUUAUGGUGUGUUUCAUAUUGAUAAAAAUCAUCAUGUAACAUUUUACGUCUUUUUAGAUUGUCUUGUUAGAAAUGUAUGCUCGGUAUAAAAACAAACUGUUAAAGAUGAGGAAAUGGUUCGUCACUGUAAAUAUCGCUUUGUUCGUGAAUUAACAACAUGAUUGAUUGUCAAUGUAAUCGGGCAGAAUGUAUGAACAAUUGUGUCUUUGGGGAAAACACGUUUCUUUUAUUUAAAAAGAAAAUUUGUAAUCAAGGAAUUAUGUGCUUACUUUGCAGAGUUUGAUAACCUUUCACACAUUUGCAAAUUUAAUGAUUUUUUUUGUCAAUAUGGUUUGUACACGAAUUAAAAUUCUGUUUCUCUAAUAACAAAUAAAAAAAUAUAUA